AUGAACGAUUUGAGUUUCAACAUUCCUGGAGCUGCAAACACAGUGACAAACUUCAUGGGAACAACAUUCCUCCUCUCAAUUGUUGGUGCUUUUAUUUCUGAUACUUACAUCUCCAGAUUCCAUACUUGUCUUAUUUUUGGAGUGAUUGAAAUAGUGGCUUUCAUGAUUGUGACAAUUCAAGCACAUGACACAAAUCUACAUCCAAAACCUUGUGGUCUGAAGGAGAGUUGCAUGGAAGGAGGUAUAGGAGUAAUGUUCUACACCUCCUUAGCAUUGCUAGCAUUAGGUGCGGGUGGUGUUAGAGGUGCUCUUACGCCUUUUGGUGCAGAUCAGUUUGACACAACAAACCCAAAAGGACUCAAGGCCCAAGGAACCUAUUUUAAUUGGCUUGUGUUGAGCACCACCUUGGGUGCAGCUGUGGGUGUUAUGGGAUUUGUGUGGGUUAGCACUAAUCAUGGAUGGUGGUGGGGAUUUUUCUUGGCUACUAUUUCUAGUUUCUUAGGGUUUACAUUAUUUUUAAUGGGGAAACCAUUCUACCUCAUUCAAGUGGUAAUAGUAGCUAUGAAGAACAGAAAGUUAAAACUACCAGAAGUUACUGAAGAAUUAUAUGAGAGUGGCAGAAAUGAGGCCUUGAUGGGAAAAAAUCUCUCUCGUACGGGUGAAUUCACUUGGUUGGACAAGGCAGCAAUUAUUCCGAAUGAUACAAAACCAAGUGAACUUGCACCAUGGGAGAUAUGCACUGUGACACAAGCCGAAGAAGUUAAGAUCCUAAUAAGAAUGCUUCCUAUCAUACUAAGCACUGUUGUCAUGAAUACAUGCUUAGCCCAACUACAAACAUUUUCACAAGCCCAAGGAAACUUCAUGAACAAAAAACUUGGAAGCGUUGACUUCCCCGCAGGGUCAAUUCCUGUAAUUCCGCUUGUUUUUAUGUCAGCUCUCCUUCCUAUUUAUGAGUACUUCUUUGUACCCUUUGCAAAAAGGUUCACCAAACAUCCUCAAGGAAUUACUCAACUACAAAGAGUUGGGGUGGGGCUUGUUCUCUCUGCAAUCUCUAUGGGAGUGGCAGGAAUCGUAGAGGUAAAAAGGAGAAACCAAUCAAGAAUCAAUCCACUUGAACCCAUUAGCCUCUUUUGGCUCUCUUUCCAAUAUGGUAUUUUUGGGAUUGCGGAUAUGUUUUCAUUUGUGGGUUUGCUUGAGUUUUUCUAUAAAGAGGCUCCUGUGGGGAUGAGAUCACUUGCGACUUCCUUUACAUGGAUAUCUAUGUCUCUUGGGUACUUCCUAAGUACGGUGUUAGUGAAUAUUGUAAAUUCUGUUACAAAGAGAGUGUCACCAAGCAAACGAGGAUGGAUUCAUGGGAUUAUUUUGGACAACAACAAUUUGAAUUUGUUUUAUUGGUUGUUGGCUGUGUUGAGCUUGAUAAAUUUUGCAAUUUACUUGCUUUCAGCCAUAAAGUACAAGUACAAAAAAGAAGAUGAUGAACUAUUAAAGACGGAAAUUGUGUCCACGACUACUAGUAUUGGUAUGGUCAGUGCAAGUGAAGAUGAUAUACGAAAGAGUAAUACUCAAGAAGAAUUUUCUCAUGAUGAAGCAACUGUUGAACCAAAUCAGAAUGCUAAUGGUGGAAAAUAACUUAAAGCUCAUUCCACAAAUAUAACUCUUGAGAAAUUGAUU